AUGGUGGGCUCUGGGAUCCCAGCUCUGGGCUUGGGCCUGCUCCUGCUGCUGCAGGGCUCAGUAGAUGGGAAUGGAAUCCAGGGAUUCUUCUAUCCAUGGAGUUGUGAGGGUGACAUAUGGGACCGGGAGAGCUGUGGCGGUCAGGCUGCGAUCGAGAACCCCAACCUCUGCCUGCGCCUACGAUGCUGCUACCGUGAUGGGGUCUGCUACCACCAGCGUCCGGAUGAAAAUAUGCAAAGGAAGCACAUGUGGGCCCUGGGCUGGACGUGCAGCGGCCUCCUCUUCCUGAUCUGCAGCAUCUGCCUGUUCUGGUGGGCCAAGCGCCGGGAUAUGCUGCACAUGCCACAGUUCUUCUCGGGUAAAUGCAACCUACCGAAGACGGUCUCGCUGCUCUCUAAGAACCGAGGGACAAGUGAGAAGAUGGCGGCAUCUGUGGUCAGCAUGCCAGCCUCCCUGAAUGCGGAGGCGGAAGCCUCGGGGGGCACCGAGGGGGAGGGGACAGAAGGGGGCGAGGAAACGGAGGGUGCAGAAGAUGAAGAUUAGGGGCAUCCCUGGGGGACCCCUCAAUACAGAGAUAGCCUGUAGGUGCAUGGUCUCUUUUCUGAGAGCUGU